AUGAGAGGUGAGGAAGCACACCACCAUUUCCACCGGCCGGGCGGCGACAUGUACUACUGCACCGGCUGCACCGAUCCUUCCUGCUCCUCAAUCUCGUCACUGCACUCGUUUCCAUCCCAUGAAUUGAGCAGCGGUGAGAUGGUUGAAACAAGGCGGAAGAACCCUCCAGCUUCUUGGAAUCAAUUCCAGACCGGCUGCAUGGGCGCCGGUGAUCCCUCUUCCAGCUCCUCCUCCUCCUUCUUCUCGUCCUGGGACUCGUUUCCAUCCGACAUGAGCAGCGGCGAGACGAUCGGCACGGAAACGAGUCCUCGGCCCAAGAAGCGAGCAGCCUCGGCUGCGUCGUCGUACAUCGGCGUGCGCGCGCGGCCGUGGGGACGGUUCGCGGCGGAGAUCCGGGACUCGACGCGGGGCGGCGCGCGUGUGUGGCUAGGCACCUUCGGCACUGCCGAUGAUGCUGCCAUGGCCUAUGACCAGGCCGCGCUCUCCUCGCGGGGCGCGGCCACGGCGCUCAACUUCCCCCUGGAGCGCGUCCAGGAGUCGCUCCAUGCCCUCGGCGCCACCGGCACAGGCGUGGCCGGCUCGCCUGUGCUGGCGCUCAAACGGCGCCACUCCAAGAGAAGAAGGCGCAGCAAGGCCGAGAUAGCGAACGAUGCGGCCACACGCCUGGGGAUGAAAAAGAAGAAGCGGUCCAUCGUGGAGCUGGAGGACCUCGGCGCCGACUACUUGGACGAGCUUCUCAUGAUUACGUGUAAUACAGCUUACUAG